UCCCCUUCCUUCCUUCUCCUUCGAGUGGAUCUCCAGCGCGGGCCAUGGAUGGAGAUGGCGACCUCAACGCCGCAAGGGGCGGAAGGGGAAGCGCGGGCCGGAGGCGUUGGGGCCCAAGUACGAGGCAGCCGCGGGCGGGAGUCGACGAGCGGCGCCCCGGCCCGAAGGUCGCGGCAGGAGUUGGUCGCCGAGGGCCGGAGGCAGAGCGCAUGGGGUCGGCAGGCGCAGCGCCGGCGUGUUGGUGGAGUACGGGAGGCGGGUUGUGCAGCGGAGAGGAGGCGCCGGCCGCUUCCGCGCUACGAAGGCGACGAUGUGCUACUUUUAAUUUAAUUUAACUGAAAUCGAAACCAGGCUAGCUCAACCCUCAACUCGACACGUAGCGUCGUCCUCUCGGCCACUUCCACCACCACGAGCGUAGCUCCCUCUUUUUUCAUAGAUGGAAUCAUGGAGGCUCAACCUCUCUUUCUUGCGGUGCACCACCACCACCACUGCCAGUCCUCUCUCCCUCUCGGUCACUUCUCUGCUCACCAUUUCCCCAUCUGCUCUGCAAGCUGGGUGCUGACGCGGUCGAACCUUUGUUUGGAGGCUUUCUCUCCACCGGCGCAAGCUCGACACACACCAGAGUCUAUGAAGGAUAUAUAGCCUUGUUUGCUUUCCAGGGACUAGCAGAUAUGAUGAUCGAAACUCUUACCUUAGCUUUCUGUCUCUACUAUCCCCUGAUGUGAUUAGAUACAACCAGUAUUCGGUGGAACUCUGUGGCGUCGCAGUGCAGGAAGCUUUUUCGUUUGGAAUAUUUCUCCCAGCCACCCCACAGACGACACGACCCUCUUCGUAGCCAUAUAUCUCAAGGACGAACCAGACUCAACAAUCUGAUUUGACUCACGUAUAGGCACAGGAGCAUCUAGGACGUGCAAGGUUCAGCAUACAGCAUUUAACGUUGAGGCCCCAAAGCCAUUGUUGUGCUCUGCUCAUCUUUCUUUCUCUCACAAAUCCAACCGAGGUAGAGUGGGCGAAAGAGGAAGAAACAGAGUCAAGAGGAAGAUCCUGUGCUCCUUUGAUUUCUUCCUCACCGUUGCUUCCACCCACCACCCCGUCGUCCUCUCUCCAUCUCGGUUCCUUCCUUCCACCACCACCACCACCUCUCCUCACACUGUCAUACAGCAGACAAGCACCCAACAUCACCACCCCUCUUCACACGCCAAGCUCACGCACAUUGCCGUCGCCCCCAGCUUCCUUUCGGAAUCGCAGCUCAAGCCAUGGCAUCCUUCGCCAACCUCCUGAUCUCACUUUUCUCGCUCACCCUUAUGCUCCUGCAUGCUCCUGCACCUGCGGUAUGUGACGACCUAGGUGCAGGCCUCUCUCCAAGCCAUCAGACAUAUAUUGUGCUGUUGAGGCCACCUGUCGACGCCGGAAGCGAUGAAGACCACCGCUGGUGGCAGGCUUCCUUCCUGCCAACGCCUCUCGCGGGCUCCAAUGAGCCACGACUCAUCCAUACAUACACCGACGUCUUCACCGGGUUUGCCGCCAGGCUCACUGAAGCCGAGCUCGCCCUUGUGUCCAAGAGGGCAGAGUUUGUGCGGGCGUUUCCAAACCAGCUCUGGCACCCCACCACCACUCACACUCAAGAAUUUCUUGGGCUCAAGAGGGAUGCCGGGUUGUGGAGAGACACCAACUAUGGCAAGGGAGUCAUCAUCGGUGUAGUCGACACCGGCAUCUAUGCGGCCCAUCCUUCCUUUGGUGACAGUGGCAUCCCGCCACCCCCAUCAAAGUGGAAGGGUUCAUGCCAUGGCACUGCUGCUGCCCACUGUAAUAACAAAAUUAUUGGUGCCAAAUUCAUCACCGUCAACGACUCCGGAGAUGUCAUAGGGCAUGGGACGCAUACCUCGUCCACCGCUGCUGGGAACUUCGUCCGCGGUGCCUCAGCCCACGGCCUCGGCAGGGGCACAGCAGCCGGGACUGCUCCAGGUGCACACCUGGCCAUGUACAGCAUGUGUACGCUUCGUGGGUGUGACUCCGCUGACAUAGUAGCCGGGAUAGACGAAGCCAUCAAGGAUGGGGUUGAUGUGCUCUCACUCUCCCUCGCCCCUGUUUUUGAUGUUGAGUUCAGUCGAGACCCGGUCGUCAUUGGGGCACUCAGUGCGGUAGCAAAGGGCAUUGUUGUCGUGGCUGCAGCUGGCAAUAACGGACCCAAGUCUUUUAUUGCUAAUUCUGCACCAUGGUUGCUCACAGUCGCAGCUGGCUCGGUGGACCGAAGCUUCGAGGCUGUUGUGCAGCUUGGGAAUGGCAAUCGCAUCAAUGGAGAAGCUUUUAACCAGAUUUCAAACUCAAGCUUCAAGCCCAAGCCCUGUCCUCUCUAUUUGAACAAACAUUGCAAGUCGCCGCCUGGAAGAAAUGUGGCCGGCAAAAUUAUGAUUUGCCAUAGCACAGGACCAAUGAAUGACACCGGGCUGUCAGUCAACAAAUCUGACAUCAGUGGCAUCAUGAGUGCCGGGGCGGCUGGUGUAGUUCUGGUCAACAGGAAAACUGCUGGUUUCACCACUCUUCUCAAGGACUAUGGCAAUGUUGUGCAGGUGACCGUGGCCGAUGGCAAAAAUAUCAUAGAGUAUGUGAGGACAACAAGCAAAGCUAGUGCCGAAGUCAUAUACAAGAACACUGUGCUUGGUGUCCGUCCAUCUCCCACUGUCGCAGCAUUCUCAUCCCGCGGUCCUGGCACUUUCAGCCCUGGUGUGCUAAAGCCAGAUAUAUUAGCACCUGGGCUCAAUGUCAUUGCCGCAUGGCCACCACUCACCAUGCUUGGAUCUGGGCCAUUCCACAUUAAAUCCGGGACGUCCAUGUCGACUCCACAUGUCAGUGGCGUUGCUGCACUUGUCAAGAGCUCCCAUCCUGACUGGUCUGCUGCUGCUAUCAAGUCAGCCAUCCUCACCACAGCUGACAUCACGGACAGCACUGGUGGCCCAAUCUUGGACGAGCAGCAUCAGAGGGCAACCGCGUAUGCCAUGGGUGCUGGCCAUGUCAAUCCUAUAAAAGCUAUCGAUCCGGGCCUUGUGUAUGACCUUAGCAUUACCGAAUAUGCCGGCUACAUAUGUGCUCUUCUUGGUGAUCAAGGCCUGGCAGUCAUUGUGCAGGACCCGAUGUUGUCCUGCAAAAUGCUUCCCAAGAUACCAGAAGCACAGCUCAACUACCCUACCAUAACGGUGCCACUCAAGAAAAAGCCAUUCACAGUGAACAGAACUGUGACAAAUGUGGGGCCAGCGAAUUCCAUAUACGCACUGAAGAUGGAGGUUCCCAAGUCUCUUAUAGUGCGAGUCUACCCAGAGAUGCUGGUGUUCUCCAAGGCUGGAGAAAAGAUAACUUACAGCAUGACGGUAAGCAGGCAUCGCAAUGGCAGGGAAAAGUCUCUGGAGGGAAGUAUCAGCUGGUUGUCCAGCAAACAUGUCGUGCGUAGUCCAAUUGUCGCUGUGGCUGGUCUAGUCUCUCCACUGCUGUAAUCUGGAAGAGUAUCACAUAUCUACUCCCAUCCAUAAGUUAUGUUAUAUAGAUCAAUGACUCUCUUAACUAGUAGGGUUUCCAUGUCUGUAAAAUAAUUUAAGUUUGGACAUGUAACAUCCAUGUAGCAUCCAUUCUUAUAUAACUCUAUUACUUCGAAAAUAUAAAUGAUUUGGUA